GGCGUUUUGGGGAGUGAAUAGUUUUGGGGAAUAGGAAUAGAUAGAGGUUUCUUUUUUUUUUUUUUAGAUGAGGGAGGAAAAUUAUAAAUACUUAAUCGGAGGGAAUUCAUGAAUUAUCUAUUUAUGUAAAAUUGUGCAAUGGCCUAAAAUAAAAAUGACUUAUUUUGAUGGACUACUUUAAAUUUCGUAUGUUUAAUGUUCGUGUAGGAUAUCACGGAAGGUGUAUGAAAUAUAUACCACCGGAUCGACAACUUUUUAGUUUUGAUUUAAAAUUACCUUAUUAGCAUUUAUUCUGGCCUUUUGAGCUAAAUUUAGGGAAGAUGAAGAAAUAUGCUUUGGUAGAGUGGACAAAUGAGGCUGAUGCAGGCUCAUACAGCGUCGUAAACAGCGAGUGGAUCUUGGGUUAUACACCGGAAAUGUAUCUGAUUGAGUGGCGAGAGGGACAGGGGAGAAAAAAACCUCCGUCCGGUGGAUGGCCUAUGGGCGAAGCAAAGAUCCUGCAGACCAGCGACAAAGAAUCUGAGUUGAAGAAAGCACUUCACGACAUGACAUCUCAGAAGAGUCAAAACGACCUGGUCGUCUCUGGCAAGCGCAAAAGGAUCCCCAAGAAACGUUUGUACGAGAGCGACGAUGAAACCGACACUGAUGUUGCGCGGUCCAGUGGCGAUGAGAAGAAGCGAUCAAGGAAAACCAAGAAGGCUGAAGAAUCAGACAUGUCACCAUCUUCUUCCCAGAGGAAAGCUGGACAGAAGAGGGUUUCUGAUGAGGACCAGACCCAGCCCAAUAAAGACCAAGAACCAAACCUAGACCAAGAACCAGGCCAAGAAGACCAGGACCCAGAAGCAUUCCCUGAUACUUCAUCUGACAGGGAAAUAGAAUAUUCCACAGAUGGGAUGGGGCCUGAUGUUCAGGGUGAUGAGAUGGAGGAUGGUGAGGAGGAGGAGGAAGAGGAAUUAGGGAGCGAAGGAGGAGAGUACCCACCAGAGUACGAGCUCUCGGAGCUCGAGAAGCUGAGAUUAGAAGUUAGAGGACUGAGAGAUGAAAUCAUGCUACUCAGACAUGAAGUUUGCAAAGAACUUCCAAAGGUGCAUGCGAUAGCCCUCAAGGCUCUGGGCACCCACAACAACGUCAGAUGUUCUCCCGAGGACAAGAGCAGCAAAGUGGUUAAGAGGAAGGCAUUGUCUCAACCUGGUAAUAAGUUUGCUGUCAGCAAAGGGAGGAGACGCCCGGGUCAGUUCUCCAAGGCGGGCGUGCUGAAGAAAGAAGCUGAAAUUCUCAGGCAGAAAGCUAAUUUGGAGAAGAUCUCAGGAAAGCCCAAAGUCAUCCUUUCGCCAACGAAACUAAUAAAAAAUGAGAUGAUAUCCUCGCCAUCUCCAUCUAAGAAACAAGCAACUCAAAAUUCCGACCAGGUUGAGAUUCAUCCGGGAAGUGGUGUGUUCAUCAACCGCGAGGUUUGGGACGGCCUUAAUGCUCUGGACCAACCCACCGCCUUUACCCGCCGUCUCCUCCCAUUCGUCUUCUCCAUGGAAACGCUCCUCAAUAGUAACCUGCGAGGUGGAAAGAGCACCAGGGACUCUACCGCAGAGCCAAGACAAGCCCUUGAUCCAAAGAAAGUCGAUGCCAUCUAUAAUGCAGUAUACUGCAAGUUUCCUCAAGUUAAGCACUGCGAUAUCGGGCAAGCCAUCAAUGGUCGGCUGUCCAACUUGAGGUAUAGAGCGAUGAAAAAGACCUGGUCUCCGUCGUUUCCCAGUCAAUUACCCACAAGUUUGAUUCUCAAGCAGAACACUCCACAUGUCCCUGAUGAGAGUACGUGAACAUUCCAAAGCUAUUUGAGGAAUGUGACCAUAUCUGAAAGGAACUGUAAAAUGCGUUUCUCACUUAUUUCCAUAUCUGAAAGGAAAUGUAAUUUGUGUUUCUCACUUGUUAAAACCAGUUAUUUGUUAUUUCUCAGUAAAGUGAGAAAGAUUUUUUUGUUGUUGCCCAGAUGAAUCACCAAUUGCUUGUCAUUGCUUUGAACUGUUUUAGAUUCACGAUGUCAUAAAGUAUAUUGAUCCAAUCUCUGUUGCUGAAAGUCAAUAUUCCAAUCUAUACCUUGCACUGUCAUUAUAACAAAAUAUUCUUUGUUUCUUUUCUGUUUUCUUUCAUGUUUUUGUUGAUAUAAUUUUUUAAAUAUAUUUUAGGUGUUCUGUUUAACAUUCUUUCCUCUUGCUUCAUUAAAUAAGUCUUUUCUUUAAUGCUGAAUGGUAUAUCAUCUCCUUUUACACUUGUGAAGAAAGGAAGAUAAUUUCUUUUGAGAAGAUUUCUCAUAUUAGAACAUUCAACUCAUUUUGUAAUCUCAGGAACAUAUUUCAUUUUAAAAUUAUGAGUUUAACCUACAAAAAUGGACAAAAAUUUUUGUUUUAAAACAUAUUUUACGUUUGCAUUGUUUUUAUUUUGCAUAUGUGUUCUAGAUUAUGACACUUCUGCUCUAAUCUGAGUUUUAGAAAUAUUUACCAUUCCCUUUCAUUACAUGAAAGAGGUUGCUAUUCUUUUAUCUUGACCAACUCAUAAACAUAUCACGUAAUGAAUAUGUUAUAUAUUUUUUUUGCAGAAUACUUAAUCAAAUGAAAGGGGAAAACACUACUUGUAUUUCAUUUGAGUUUAGCCAUUUGAUCAACAAUUGUGGAGUUGUUACAUACAUCUUUUGGUUAAUUUGCCAAUCUGAAACAGAUAUAUGUGUAUGUCUUUGGUAUAUUGUGUGAUGAUAUGUGAAACAGGGUUUGUAUUAUUUCAUAGCAUCUGCCAGCUUCCUAUACAAAGUACAUUAUUGGAAAAAAAAAUCAGUUAAUAAA